UCCCCCCUUCUCGUCUCUGUAACCUCAGGUCAAGAAACCAUAACGACCCUCCUCCCCACCUCCUCUCCCUUCUCCUUCGUUCUCCUUCUCUCGAGGGCUUGGGUCUUGGAGGCCACUGGUCUCUCCAGCUUCGUGACCUCUCCUAAAACAACCUUAAAGAAGAGAAUCAAAUCGUGAAGGGAGACAGGGGGAGGGUUUGGUGGAGAGGAGUGAGAGAGAGAGGAAGGCUACGGAGGCGCGCUGCAUGUCAGAUUGCAGUAGCAGAGAGGAGGGAUACUACGACGGCGGAUUCGGUGAGCUUGCCAACCCUCUACAAUGGCCGCAACUCAGGAAAAAGCGACGCCCGCCCACGCUUCCGUCGGCGUCGCCGGUGCCAAGGCCGGAGGGGUCCCCGGCCCCGUACAAGAAUGGGUUACCGCGGCCGUUGAUAAGCAAGCUUCUGCGCCGCCGGUGGAGGCCGUUAGCCCGCUGAUCGCCCCCGUCGAGGACGUACAGGACCCUCCCGCGAAGCCCUCCUCCAAAGGAAUCCCAGUUAUGAUGAGGGCUCAAACAAGCCACCCUUUGGAUCCGUUGUCUUCGGCUGAAAUAUCUGUUGCAGUAGCAACAGUCAGGGCUGCAGGGGCAACUCCGGAGGUGAGAGAUGGCAUGCGGUUUAUAGAAGUAGUUCUGUUGGAACCAGAGAAAAACAUUGUGGCACUGGCCGAUGCCUACUUCUUCCCCCCAUUUCAACCAUCACUGCUCCCCAGAACGAAAGGUGGCCCUGUCAUCCCGAGUAAGCUUCCUCCUAGGAGGGCUAGGCUUGUUGUUUAUAACAAAAGGUCAAAUGAGACAAGCAUUUGGAUUGUCGAACUGUCAGAAGUGCAUGCAGCAACUCGGGGUGGCCAUCACAGGGGAAAAGUCAUCUCAUCUGAAGUUGUCCAUGAUGUCCAGCCCUCUAUGGAUGCCAUGGAAUAUGCAGAAUGUGAGGCUGCUGUAAAAAAUUACCCUGCAUUUAUAGAGGCAAUGAGAAAGAGAGGAGUGGAGGAUAUGGAUCUUGUAAUGGUUGAUGCUUGGUGUGUUGGUUACUACAGUGAUGCUGAUGGUCCUAGCCGCAGACUUGCAAAGCCACUAAUAUUUUGUAGAACAGAGAGUGACUGCCCCAUGGAGAAUGGUUAUGCACGUCCUGUCGAAGGCAUACAUGUUCUUGUUGAUAUUCAAAAUAAUGUGAUAAUUGAAUUUGAAGAUAGAAAAUUGGUACCUCUACCUCCAGCAGAUCCUUUGAGAAACUACACUGCAGGAGAAAUGCGAGGAGGCAUUGACCGAAGUGAUGUGAAACCUUUGCAUAUUCUGCAGCCUGAAGGUCCAAGUUUUCGUGUAAAUGGUUACUUUGUACAAUGGCAGAAGUGGAAUUUCCGGAUUGGUUUCACCCCUAGGGAGGGAUUGGUAAUACAUUCUGUGGCCUACAUUGAUGGUAGUCGUGGACGGAGACCUAUUGCUCACAGAUUAAGUUUCGUUGAGAUGGUAGUUCCUUAUGGAGAUCCAAAUGAGCCUCAUUACCUUAAGAAUGCAUUUGAUGCUGGAGAAGAUGGCCUUGGAAAAAAUGCACAUUCUCUCAAAAAGGGUUGUGACUGCUUGGGCUACAUCAAAUACUUUGAUGCCCAUUUCACUAACUAUACUGGUGGUGUCGAGACUAUUGAGAAUUGUGUGUGUUUGCAUGAAGAAGACCAUGGGAUUUUGUGGAAGCAUCAAGACUGGAGAACAGGCUUAGCAGAGGUUAGGCGGUCAAGAAGGCUAAGUGUGUCUUUCAUAUGUACAGUGGCUAACUAUGAGUAUGGCUUUUUUUGGCACUUCUAUCAGGAUGGUAAAAUUGAGGCAGAAGUAAAACUGACUGGCAUUCUAAGCUUAGGAGCAUUACAACCUGGUGAAUCAAGAAAGUUUGGUACAACAAUAGCUCCAGGUUUAUAUGCACCAGUUCAUCAGCAUUUCUUUGUUGCUCGCAUGAAUAUGGCUGUUGAUUGUAAACCCAAUGAAGCCUUCAAUCAGGUGGUUGAGGUGAAUGUUAAAGUUGAAGAACCUGGCAAGGAUAAUAUUCACAAUAAUGCAUUUUAUGCUGAAGAAAAGCUUCUCAGAUCUGAGUUGCAGGCUAUGCGUGAUUGCCAACCUUUGUCGGCACGACACUGGAUUGUGAGGAACACCAGAACUGUAAAUCGAACUGGUCAACCUGCAGGAUACAAGCUGAUGCCUGGUUCCAAUUGCCUUCCGUUAGCUGGGCCAGAGGCAAAAUUUUUGAGAAGAGCUGCAUUUUUAAAGCAUAACCUUUGGGUUACAUCAUAUAAACAUGAUGAGAUGUAUCCAGGAGGAGAGUUUCCCAAUCAAAAUCCACGCAUAAACGAGGGACUAGCUACAUGGGUUAGGAAGAAUAGGUCCCUUGAGGAAACUGACAUUGUCCUAUGGUACGUAUUCGGAAUCACCCACAUCCCAAGGCUGGAAGACUGGCCCGUCAUGCCUGUUGAGCAUAUUGGCUUUUUGCUCAUGCCGCAUGGUUUCUUCAACUGCUCCCCGGCAGUUGACGUGCCUCCUAGUCCCAAUGAGGCAGACAAGGAGUGUGGAGCACCUAAGUUGAUGCACAAUGGACUGGUUGCGAAGCUUUGAGGAAAGAUGAGAAGUAAACCUAUCCGGUAAGGAGGGCCUGUAAAUUAGGGAGGAACUUAAAAAAAGUAUGUUGCUGCUCUAUGUUCUGUUUACAUUGUGCAAUGAAUGCUGCUAGUUGAUCGAAUUUGA